AUGAUAAAAAUAAUAAUUGUGAAUAUGAACAUGAGAAGAAUAAAAUAAUUGAACAAAAUAAUAAGAAUGUGGAAUCCUUUCUUGAUAAUAAUGAAGAAAACAAUUUAAUAAACUCUUCUAAGCAAUCAAGUUAUAGUAAUAGAAAUAUAAAAGAACAUGAUAUAAAAGUUACAUGGCCAAAUAAAUUAUCAUGGAAAGAAAUAUCUAAUGAAAUAAAACAAAAAUUAUGUGUUGUUAUAAAAAAUAAACCAGCUGAAUGGAAUCAUUAUGAUUUACAGAAUUUUUUAGUAUCUCAGUUUCAUAAUAAAAAUUAUAUACCAACAUUCCAAGAUAUUUUUAUAACAAAAAGUUGUCCUACUAUAGCAACUGUAGCAUUUAAAAAUGAAGAAGAACGAAAUUAUUUUUUAGAUCAUCAAAAAUUUAAAUUACCACCCUUCAAACAUUAUCAUAAUGAUUUAAAUAAAAAUAAUAUUUAUUAUAAUAAAUAUUCAAAUUUCUUAGUUCUUCAAGAAUAUGUUAUUUCAUAUAACACUCAAUCUAAUAAUAAUCACAAAAAAUAUUAUCAAGAUAAAUAUGAACAACAUACAUAUAACCAUUAUGAUUCAAAGCAUAAAAGAAAAUAUAAUAAUAAUUAUUAUGAUCAUUAUAAUCAAAAUUUAAAUUCAAAAAAAUAUUCAGAUGUAUCUAUUAAUAAAUAUAGAAAAAAAAUUAAUUAUAAUAAUAAUUAUUAUCAUAUAAAUACCAACACAAAAAGAAAAUCACUGUCUACGUCAUAUGAAAGAAAUGAUGAUUGUUAA